UCUUGCAACAAUUUUAACUAAAAUAGUAAAACUUGUAUGAAAUUACUGUGCUUUAUAAAAAGAUGGAUUAAUAUCAGAUCAAUCCGAUUAUUUUAGAAUGUAAGUGUAUGUUAAUUGCAAGGAUAUUUACUUUGAAAAGAUACUAUGAUUGUGACUUAUUGCCUACUUCAACUUCAUCAUUGAUCGGCAGGAAUAUGAACCUAAAAAGAUAAAGAGACAGAAGUAAAAAUGUUUAAAAUUGAAUCAUAUGUGACACCAAUCCUUUUGAGUUAUGUGGACAAAUAUGUUCGUGACUUCAAACCAGCUGAUGCACAAGUGUCACUAUGGGGAGGAGGAGUGGCACUUCACAAUCUCGUACUCAAGGCGGAUGUGUUGCAGCAAGAACUAGCUCUUCCGUUUACCCUAGUCUCUGGGCGGAUUCAUGAACUCUUAAUACAAGUGCCAUGGACGAAAAUUAUGUCAGAACCCAUCAUUGUCACCAUAGAUACCAUAGAAUGCGUUCUAAGUCUCAAUCCUCCUGCACCAAAUGAAGAGACCGUACCUCCUGACUCUCCAAGCAGACGAGCGCAAGUCGUAGAAGCACCUCCGGGUUACAUGCAAGCAUUAGUGCGCCGUAUCGUGAGCAACAUAAGCCUCCGAAUACAUCACCUCAUCGUGAAAUAUGUGCAAGAUGAUAUCGUAAUGUCACUGAAUGUGAAACAUCUAGCUGUCGACAGUGCCGACUCGGAUUGGGAACCGUCUUUUGCUGAUAUCGAUCAGAACCUGCCCAUCAUCAGGAGGCUCGUACAUCUAGAUGACCUAACCCUCUGCCUGGACAGAGCUGAUUCUGAUGGCAAGAUAAGAUUCUACCAGGAACCUUUGCUGUAUCGAUGCCAAUUAGAGUUAAGAGUACUGACCCGUUUAGUAUCAGCGAAUACACGUCGCGCAAGCAGCUUGAGUGUCCAGCUUCGAUCAAGUAAACUGGCUUGGGGCGUGACCAGUGACCAACUGACUUUACUCUUGCGAUUGAUCAGAGAACGAUCUGUGGUCAAGGUGCAACCGCAAACCACCAAGAUUAUCAAUAUCAACCAACCGCCAGCGCAUUUAACGAGCUCAAGUUCAUCUGAGCCGGCUCGUACCGAGAGCUGGUCGGAGUGGGCGUGGUCUUGGUUCCCUAUGACAUCUGAUGCUGAGGGUGGAAUAGAAGAAGAACGCAUGCCUCCGGCACCUACACCUCUUCAUUUUAACGCCUAUUUCGAUGACAUAUCCCUUGUUUUCAAGGUAAUGGAAUCGGAGUCAAGUACUCGUAAACGUUCACGUGGCGUGUUAGAGCUGUGCGCUUCACACGGCGCCAUCAAGAGCUACGUUUGCAGACCGACUUCGUUCCGGAUGCAAAUGGCGACGCGCACGUUAACGAUCAAAUCGUCCGGAAGAUGUGUCUGCGGACAUCUCGAUUACACUAUGGGUAAAGACGAGCCUACCGUGUACCUGUGUAAAUCGGAGAGCGAGCGCGUCGACAACUGGACCUGGCCCGCGAAUGAAUUCAGCGGAGGUCACGUGGAGACAGCGGAAGCAGCUCAGGAAACUCCUAAGGACGAGAACCAAAAUCCGGAACCGAUUAUAGACGAGUCGGAUCAAUCAGGACACUCCACGCCGGAGCCCAAAAAUAACAUCGACGAAGAUGACAAACUGUGGGCACAGAUGUCGCCACUGUUGUACGUUAAUUACACUCAUGAACGAUCACCGCCCGACGUUUACGAAAACCCUUAUGAACAUCCGCCUGAAGAUUUUCAAUAUAGUGAUUGGGCAGAAGAAAGCAACCUGAAAAUCGAAAUUGAAUCUUUAGAUAUCAAACUCAGUACCGGAUUGCUGCAUAGACUUUCAGCCUUGAAGAACAUUUACAAAGAGCUACCGCCAGUUCCCGACGUUGAACUACCAAUGCGCGUGCUGACAGUCGAAGAAUGCGACGCUCUAUUCGACAAUCUACCCUUGCGGCGUUUGUCUGUUGAAAUGAAAGGGCUCAACGUCCGCGUACACCCUUUCGAUCACUCGGCACAGGACCGUACUCCGUCGCACCCGGUCGUUUUGGAAGUCUACAUGCCGAGGGGCAUCCUGAUUGUCAGUGGACCUCUGUAUCCUCAUAGAGUCUGUUCGGCGGCUUGUCAGAUGCCGGAUGACGCGGGACCGCUAUGGCAAGGGGCACGUGUUCACGUGUCCGCCAUUUUGUCCGGUAUUGAGGCUAGCAUUUGCUCCGUCGACGGGCAGACUCGGCCGUGCGCGAGAACCGAUCUCCGCAUAGUUGCGCACUCGCUUCAGUACAGAGAAUUCUUCACGAAGCGGGAGAGCGUUGUCUUCAGUUAUUCAAUUAAGAUGCGUGAAGUGAACAUAUGCGGAUCGGCCGCUCGGCUCCAAACGGCGUGGCUGAUACCGAUGUCGCUGAUAAACGAAAAAAUAUCACUGCCCCUGCGACACACAACCUUACCCAAAGACGCACUCAACGACGAAGAGUCAGUAGCAUUGGACGUCACGCUGGAAGACCUCUGCGUCCGAGGCUACAUCACGAAACACAUCAACACUCACAUAUUGACGCUCCAAUGUGCGCGCGCGACGGCCAUGCACGAACCCAAAGACAUUAAUCCUGUGAAACAAGCCUGGUUGUUCUCCGGUCCGGACACUCCAACCACAACACCAUAUCUUCGUGUAGCGGUACAAUGGUGCUCGCAACCGAUGCCGAAUUCAAUGGAUUACAUCGGAGUAUGGAUGGAACAGACGGCUAUCUCUGUCGACCCGCUGUUCGUUGCAUGGCUUGCUUAUAGACCACGUCCGAGAUUGUUUGAUACGCCAUCGCACUCAAACUUAUCAAAGAGCUCGUCCACGCAGUACUAUUGGAAGCGUCGAGCAACACCACCGUCCUCAAGCGGUCGUGGAGUCAGCCGCUCCGGGUCUGGUGCUGAAUUGGUUCACGUCCGCCCUCGCAGUAUCGGAUCGAGCAGCGAACCUAGCGAGAAGAAAGAGAAACAGCCUCCGUCUCCGACUAGACCGCCCGUAGACUGGUUGAACGGUGAACGUCUCCUGGCCAUCCACGAUCGACUCCGCGGUAUGCUGGUCAACGUGGAAGUAGGUCUGAUGCUGAUCUACGUGACCACCAGUACCGUCUCGGCCACCGACUGCUUCACCGUUCGUGACGCAAUGGAGCGUCACGCUAGUAUGGCUCAACCUGUUCUAGCUAUCAGUGCCGGACGAUUCUUGAUAUACUCGAGUCUAAACACGAAGCAGCUGUGGCACGAGAUACGACACGACGGACCGACGUUCGUCGCGCCCAGAACGGAGCAAAAAGAUCUGAACUCGUUUCCAUGGAAGCUGCGCCUGUCCGACGUCUCCUGCUACACUCUAGAAGUUAAAGCUUCAAGCUCGAACAAGGACAAGGUCCAUCGAUCGCAGCUGAAGUCGGAGGUGUACGCCACGCCGAGGACGGUGUUGGAAAUGGUCACGACUACGAUCACGCUCUCAGUAGUCACGAAGUCGUUGCAGCAAAAAGCAGCUGCUUCUACUUCUACUAAGAAAGACCAUAAGAAGCAUCCGGAAGCUAGUGCUGAAGAGGAAACAGUCAAAUACUUCAUGACUGGAAUGGAUUUCAAACCAUCCACAUUGAAAGAAUUCGUGCGAGGACCUACCAGACGUAAGAAGACCAAUCACGAGCAAGCGGAGCAGUCUCCGGAGAGGACGGCGCCUCCGAACUUGACCACCGGGCCGGUCGUGUCCCUCGGAGUGCAUCUACACGCGGACACCCCGCCCAUCAUCAUCAGGCUCGAUCACGAUCAGGUACAUACAAUAUCGGCGACGCUACACAACUUCAAGCACAUUUUGAAUCUGAUGCGGCGAAGUUCAGACGCCGGACCGAGACAGUCUUUCACGCCACCAGACGGUUCUCACAAAUCGUUGAUAAGAUCCAUGUCAGAAAUAGAAGAAGGACGGAGCCCUUCAGACGAAACUACAAGCGAGAAUAGAUCAGACCUUAUUUCAAUAUUCGAAUCGCAUUCAGCACAAGACCUUACAUCGAAACUGAAGACGUUCUUCUGGUUCCAGUGGGUUGUAAGUCGAGCGACCCUUGUAAUAGCUGCCAAUCAUGCCAAAUUAGCAUUCGACAUCGAUGAUAUUAUAUCGACCAUUGACAUGCAGUCCCAUUAUAAUCAACUACGAAUCAAAUUGGCCUCAGCCUCUGUGAGGCAAUAUGAACGAGUGGGUAGUGACGAGUGGACAGCCGGCGUUCUGGGAGGCAGGGUGCUCGAAGCCCGCGAACCAAGCAAUGCCAAAGAGGACAAUCAUUUCCUAUCAAUAACUGUCACACAAGCGCAAAUAUCAAAUCUACCUUCCAGCUGGAGAGAAGAACUUCAUCCGAAAUUACUCGAAAACAAAACAAGCACGGACACGAUGUGGGAACUGUACGCGACCCUGGCGCCCUUAGAAGUGGUUCUGCAACCGACCGUCGUGGAUCACAUCAUAGCCCUCGUGCACGAGAUGGCGUCUCGAUCGUUCUGUCCCCAACAGAAUCAACCCGAGGCCAGCGCUCCUACCGUGUGGCAGUGGCCGUUCUGCUACAUAACCGCUGGUGGAUUGAGGCUUUUGCUGACUUGUGACGAAGAGGACACGGGACUCGAUGACACAUUUAUGUUUGUUAUCGGAAAGAUUUCGGUCAAUCCACAUCCCGAGAAUCCUAUUUGCAGGCGCGCGAUCAACUCGACCUCGGACUCCGGUUGGGCGAACAACAGCGAGUACGAAGGUCGGCAGUACGAGGUCAUAAUCAAGAAUGUUGCCAUAAGAUCGGCGCAGUUUAGGCAAAUUGUCAACCAGGAGGUGAGCGAAGCGGAGAUCCUUAAGGGAACAGGUGGUGAAAAUCCAGCCUUGAAAUGGAGUCAACCCACUGUCGCUCCUGUUGUAACACCAAUACUUCACGCACUCGACAUCGGUUGCGUGCUAGCUCCGGCUCUGUACAAUUCCGGCACUCUGGUCUGCGGUCCGGCUGUCGAGGUGAACUUAGUAUCGGAUUGCGCAAUAGAGUUGAGCAUUGACCAACUGGACUUAUUGCGGCGCUUGAUCGAAGACAUACGUGAUUCUAUUCAAGAGAGUAACGAAUUAUCGUUGCAAUUAAACGAAAUGAAAGAUCACGUAUGUCCGUAUGCGACAGUCUUAGAGAGCGAACCGCAAGAUUUGAACGCCACGUCCAGUGACACGAGUUUUAAUGAAGAUAUAAUGAAAUAUCAAGAGUUCGCGAAGGCCGCCGCGGCGGACUCCGGCGUGGAGACGACAUCGCAUUCCACCUUCAAAUCCGGCAGGUUGGUUGAGGAGCCGACCGUCAUACCAAAGAAGUCCGUAUCCGUAGGUUUUGCUGAGCAGAUAACGGACGCUUCGGACUUCCUCGAAGUGUACGUCACUAUGGGCAUAAUAGAGCUGUCUCUUUACACGAAAGAUAACUCCAGCCCGGAGGUCGUGGCGCUUCGUCCUCCCGUAGUCGAGAGAGUUGUAGAGCCCGUCCCACUCUUGGAGGUGAUCAUACAUAAUUCUCAAGAAUCAUCAAAACGCGACGAAGACGAGUCACCGGUGGCCAGCAAAAGCAACCCGGAGUCCGUGCCGAAUAUCGACGUCGGCACGCCCAAGCCGGAACACAAUGAAACUCUGCCAUUAGCGAGGAAGUCCGAAGGGAAUCUGCCUUUAAUCCAUUUGACGUUGCAACAACCUAAUCUGUAUUAUUGGAGGAAGAAGACACAACGAAGCUUGCAGGUAUCCCUCUUCGACUUGUGGUUGGGACUCGGCGUGGGCAAGAAUGACAGUCAUUGGAGUUUAGUCCUUCUGUCAACUGCAAAAGGCGCAGUUGAUCCUGUGACGGACAUACCGCCCGCAUUGGCCACUAUGAAGAUACUAGUGCCAUCUUCUGGUUACGUGAAUUCGUCUUCUAGCUCGAAUGCAAAGGGCUCUAUAAGAAUAGACGUCGAGAGACCGAUUCGGCUGGACCUGUGCACGGAUCGAUUCAAACGUGUCAAAGGAAUUAUUAAUCUCAUAAAUAAACAAGUACCAUAUUCGCCCUCAAGACACAAUGAAAUUACAGCUGAAACUCCUCAUUUGUACGGGCUCCGGCGGUUCUUUAGUAUUCACGGUAUUGAGAGCGUCACAAUGCUGACGAGCCAAUUAGUAGCGUGCGGUUCAGAAGGCGUUGUGGGAUGCAACGCUUCCACGGUACAGAUAGCGAUCGGCUCCAGACCAGAGAGACUCGCGACCAGGGCUUCGGUCACGGGACUGGUGAUCGCCGCCGGACCACCCGAGCGGAGACACCCCAUGCUGCAACCCUUGAUGAUGGGCAUCGAACUAGACGCGCAGUGGGAAGCGUGGAGGCGAGCCGAAGGUGGGAUGUCUGCGAGGGAUCCCACAGUACGUGUUGGGAUCGAAGUUGACUGCGUCACUGUGGACCUUAAACCAGAAGACUUGGCAGCGCUGAAAAGAAUUAAGAAGACACUGCUAGACAUGUCUCGCAAUGAACAGGUAGCUACAACCCUCGAGAGUAAUGCCAACAAUGACAUUAACAAUGUUGACAACACUGAAGGUCAGCCGACGCCAUUGAACGUGGAAAGGCCACCCUCGUUGUCUUCAAUAGAUACGACUUACAGUACCGAAACAGGCGACCAUUACUACAAGGACGAUUUGAGGACCGGAGCAUUCAAGAUAGUCUCUGGUGGUCAGCUGCCGAUGGCGUAUCAAGUUAUAUUGCACGGCAGCUGUGUGUCGUGGCGCUACCCUCAUCCUCGAGCUAUCACUCGUCUCAUAGUGUUCCCGUUGCCUGGAUUGGUAAACGAUAUACCGUGCGUCCUAGAGUUUUAUAUACCGAUGCUUGGCAAAUGGGAGGCGCACACCCACUUCUCGUUGCCGGUCGGUGAGCCCAACGAACUACGACUCCAGGUCACGCCUCCGGAAACUGUGUUUGCUCAAAUAUGGCGCUUCCGUAUUUACGAGGAGACCGGCAAAGAAACGCCAUACGAAUUUAAAUUAAGCAAGUUCACGCCGAGAAAUGAUCCUUUGCAAACGGACACGUUUAGCGAGCCACCGGACCCGACCGGUUCAGCAUCAGGAGUGACAGCCGAACAGCUCUCGGGCGUGAGCCGCGUCGACUCGUACUUCGCACCGCGACUCCUACCGAACACGAGACUCUUCGUGCGAGCAGCGAACAUCGAAGUGCAUUUCCAUAACUCGUUACCUUAUUUGACCAGUAAUGCAACGGUUUUGGAAGGAUACUACGUGUCGCGCCCGUUGAUGCGCAGUCACCGCGUGUUGACGUUGUACGCACGCAAUCUGACCGCGCACGCCGAACUAGACUCGCCCGCCGGCAUAUCCGUGUUAAUCGACACACGACUCUCAUUCGACAUCCUGGAGUGCGAUACCGGGACAAUGGACGGGCUCGUAAGCGAGUUUCCCGCGCAGCUCGCUCUGUCCGUGCCCAUGAGUACGCCGCAGCUCGCCAAAGUGCGUGCUCGGCUCGACCUCCUGCGCGUGCGUCUACACGUUCCGAGACUUAGAGUCAUACACGCUCUGGUCAAAGACUGGAGGGUAGCCAUCGAUCAGUAUCUUGAAAAAGCCCGACUGGAACCGAACGUGGAAUUGGAAACGAAAAAUAUAAGAACCAAACGAGACUUCGCGGAUGCCAUGGAGGAAGCGUUGGAAGGACGCGUCUCACUCUGGGUGCACAACAGUUGCUCUGCCGCUCUGAGGAUGGGACAAGAGGGAACUGAUGAAGUCGUGCCUCUGGGACCUGGAACUAGGCUUGCGUACCGAUGGCGUAAUCCCACAGCCCCGAAGACGCUUCGGUUUUCUCUCGCUGGUCCCACUGCCGACUGGCAUUGGUCUAACAGCAUCCCAUUCACAUUGGGCAGUCAUCGAGUGCGCUUAGAAGACGCUGAACGUCUCGGCGGCAAGGGUCCGGGAGCGGGGGUGUUUGUUCAUGCCGCGGUGGAAGGGAAAGGGGCUAGAUUAUGCCUCCAUUUGUCAGGACGACUGGUCCUGGCGAACAUGCUUAGGUUCGAUUUACUAUACAAGGUCCGUGCCCGUUGCUCUGAUUCGAACCAGUUGUGCACGAUCUGUUCGGGCGAGCUCAUGUCCGAGGAUGUCGGGACGAGCGUCCUCUGCGGAGACGACAGCGAGAUGAUGCUCAAAAUAAAAUUCAUGUCCCACGACACUGGCUGGUCUGGUGAUAUACCAUUGAAGGAAUGCCCCAAAGAAAACGUACCCUGGCUCGUCAAAGUACCGAGUCAAGGCAACGUGCCCUAUAUGGCGGUCUGGUGCAGAGUGGUGAAGGCUCGCAGCGACGGUCGCAUAUUAGCUACAGUGUGGCCGCUGUACGUUCUCAAGUCGCACCUGCCUCUCGACACCGAUGUUUUAAUUAGAACCGAAUCCGGUAUAUCAGUGUCAGAAGCAUGUCCGGAGCCGACAUCCGCUCCUCUAGUGCAGUCCGCGCCGGGACGCGGCACUAGUGUACAUUUACUGGCACCGGGAACUACGUCAGCAAGGCACAAUCUGCUCUUCCAAUACAGGAAUAUAGAAUGUCCAGUGACAAGAGACGCGGUCCCGCUUCACUACGGCGUGCCGGACACUUCUGUGUUCGAGAAACGUGGGCCGGUCUCUAAUGUCGAUCACGUCAUCGAUGAGAUCAUUAAAUGGCUCGAUGAUUCUGGUCGGAAAGCUCGAUCGGACUGGCCCUACUCUAUCGUGUCGAAGCAGUGGUGCGGACUGUGGCAGCCGGCUUUACUACAACCACGAUCUGACGUCACUGUCCGUUACCAAGCCGUCCGCGCGGGUGGUGGCUGCUGUCUCGAGCUGCAGCUAUCCCCGGUGGUGCUGCUCUGCAACGCGGCCCCGAUAGCACUAACGCUGCGAGCUUACGACGCGGCGCCCCUGUGCAAGCUCGAACCGGGAACGGUUAUCGCACCGCCGUCCACUGUUGUCAAGAAACCUUUCUUCAUGUCCGUGGAAAUGGGCCGCGAGACGUUUGUUAGCGGCCAGCUGCAGGUCUCCAACGAGGACCCGGGUCGCUACGGAGCCCCGCCUCCGGGGCAGGUGGCCCUCGAUCACUCGUUAGAAUUCGCCAUACAAUGCAACCAAAAGGUGGCGCUCAUGACAAUGUACUAUCAACUCAUAAAAGAAAUAAACGUACUCGGCGUCAACUCGACCUACGAACUUCUCAACAGAUUGGAUACAAAAGUUAUGGUCUCCGCCAUUGCUGUGCCGAAAGAGGUCGAAAAUGACGUAGCGCUAAUGCCGAAGACAUUCAAACUAGCAGAUCCGACCAAAAGCGUCCACGGAUUGCAACUGUGCCGCUUCUGGCUGCAAGGCCGUUGGCGCGGCGGCGACCCAUCCGAGCUCCGGCUGUACCUGUGUCUCGCUUUACCUUCCGGGCAUUACCCUGCUCACACGCCGGUCCCGGUCAGGCUCGGAGCUGCGCCCCUGAGACGUUCGGUCGCACUCAUUGAUGCUAACAGAGAGUCGGUCCCGAUAGUGAUCACGCAAAUAAAACACGAAGACAGAUGGAUGAUCUCGGUGGCACGCGACCGCUGCCCGCAGUUCGUCGUGCACAACCGCACGAGGCAUACUUUAGCUGUGGCGCAACCCAUGAUGUCGCCAGAGGAACCCUCCACGUCCGCAGUACCGGUGAUGUCGGAAUGUUCGGGCGCGGGGUGGUGGUGUAUCGCUCAUCCCCAAGCGGUGACGCACUACACGACCCCCUCGCACAACAAUCGCUACCCUCCGCCGGCUAACACUUUUGACUCCAAGCCGGAAAUUCCAUUCCUUACCUUCACUAUAGUGCACGAUGACGGCAACAAGGAGUGGUGUCAGCCGGCUGCGAUGACGGAUGGCGAGCAACUCGUGCAGCUGCCCGACAACGUAACGAUAAAGCUGCGAGUGCACGCGCACCCGCACUCAACGCACAUCGAACUGCAGAACGUCGAUCAGGACGAUAUAUCGGCCAGCGAUAUCCGUCGUCGUUUGUUCGGUGCGUUCGCAACACACAUAUCGCACGAGUCACUAAUCGACACCGGCGAAUUGUCUGUACCACAGAGUUUAGAUCGACUGGGUGGUCAUGUGAAAUUACUCCAUCAGAACGUUGCUCACGAGGAGUCUGGAGAGUCCUCGCCGAUACCGUGGGCGAACGAACACGCCAUCUGUGGUCCUCAGGGGAGAAACCCCAUAGCAGUAGCGGCGGUUACCGUGGAGCACUGCCAAGAGAGUCCCGACGCCGCGGAACUAUCCUCUGCAGAAUGGGAUGAAAACGGCAGGAUGUGGCCCCAAAACGAGCAGCUCCGUUGUGUUAUCGCUGGAGUCAUAGUGGAAUUGGCCGCCGCUAUGGAUACUUUGCCGCUUAUCGCGUUGCACGCGGAUCGCGUGGCCGUACUGAUUGUAGCCGACGCUAAGCGAACGAAAACGGCCAUAUCGAUAUCGAACGUGCAAAUCGAUAAUCAACAAUACGAAACGGGUCAGUACGACUUCGCGGUCGUCGCGUGCACCCGCGCGGACCCCUCGCCGAGCCCGGACGAGCGCCCGCCCCCGCUCUGGACCAUGUUCUCUGCAGACGACGCGUUCGCGACCAAACACGAAAACGCACGGGUGCUUAUCAAGAUUCAACACGACAACUGGACUGUUUUGACACAUACAUUUAAAGAACUAACGGAACUAGAUUUCCACGUGGGUCCGCUGGCGCUAUACAUAGAGGACGCCUACGUCACUGCGCUCGUGGAACUAUCUCGUUUGGCUCAGUCAAGUCCUGAUGCGGUGACCGAAGCGGCCUCACUCCUAGCCGAAGAACGAUCCCUACAAGUUCCCCUAAGGCUCAGACUACUGCACAUAAGGCCACUGGAUCUGACGCUAACUUUACACACAGCGGUCCGGAUGUACAUAGCCCUAGAUCAGAGUCCGUUACGACUGAGCGCGUUCGAGUUGCGGGACAUGAUGACGUCAACGGAACGAUUGACGCACGCGCUCACCGUGCACUACUUGUCCGCCGCCAUACUUGGAGCAGGGUGGGUAGUUGGAGGUCUAGAGUUGCUCGGUGCUCCCGGCGCCCUGGCGGCUCGUGUCGGCAGCGCCACGGGAGGAGUUCGAGGAGUGGCGUCAGCGGCUGUGGCGGCCCUACUGAAAUCUCUCAGUGCGUGGGCAGGAUCUCUGGCCAGAAACCUCGACCUGCUGGCGGGUGAUGAAGAGCACGCGAGAAGAGCCGCAGCAGCCAGGAGGAGACCGCCCCCUAGCUUUGUAGCGGGACUCGUCGCAGGAAUCACGAAUUUUGCUAUUAAUAUUUUAGGAGCGGUUGGAGGUUUGGCUCACCAUCCCUUGGUAGGGGUAGCGGUGGGUGAAACAGAAAGCGGAGCAACCGCCUUGCGAAGGGGUUUGCUGGGUGCUCUGACGAAACCGCUCAGCGCCACAGCUGACUUAGUGGCAUACGCUGGACACGGCUUGCUGAGACAGACCGGCUGGGACCCAGUGCCUCAGCCUCGUGCCACUUUACGGUCGAACGAGACGAUAUCACGGAACGGCUGGCGACGCGACUGCGUGCGGUGGUCGUUUAGGCUGGCCGAGCUGUCCGCCCUCUCGGGGUUCGAAGCCUUGCUGGAUAACGCGCCGCUGCAGCUACUCCUCACACACAAGUUCCUGGUUGUAGCCGACCCUCAAACGGAACGCAUCGUCGAGAUGAUCGACUUUCGUUUCUGUACUCUGGAGCCUUACCAGGGACCUGUAAUACGGCUUAUCGUGACUCAGAGAAGGCAAUCGAAGUUAUUAGAGUCCAGGGCGGUGGACGAAGACGACGAAUUUCAGAUAAGCGCAGCGGCGAUGGCGCGAGUGGCUCGGUACACGGGCACAGAGGGCGCGCCGACCUCGGAGUCCCGGGUUCUAUCCCUAGUGCCGACAGCUGGGAGGGCUUAUGCUCUCCACGUGACUCUAGCAACGCUUCUACAUCACAACGUAGAUUCUCAUUUCCAAUUAUUGUAAUUUAUCGAUGAAACAUCCUUUCGAAAGAUUGCCUCGUGAGUUGUAGACGUGAUAAAAAUAUAUCGUCUUCUUGCAUUAAAACUGUAUAAUCUCAAAACUCACUAA